GGAAUGUCUAAAAACAUGUAAACAAAAUAUUGAAGAUCAGCUCCAGAGUCUUUACUAUUCAUUUUAUUCAUUACAAGACAGUGAUUCGCUACAAAAACAUGUUAAUGCGAAUCUUAUACCAUAUCUCCGAUAUGACAUUCUCAAGGAUGAGCCAAAUCUAGAUGCGAUCUAUACAUUACUAUGUUAUAGUGGUUACUUGACCGUAAAAUUCGAUGAUGAACUUAAUAAUAAAGUUGAUAAACAAUGGAUGUUUACCAAAGCCAAACUUGCUAUACCAAACAGGGAAGUUGCUGAACAAUGGAAGAUGUGGAUUAUUGAUUUCAUAGGCAUAACCAGGUCAUAUGAGGGUUGGUACCAUACAUUUAUCCUUGGGGCGCUUGCAAUGUAUCACAGUGAUGAUUAUCAGGUUAUGUCCAAUUGCGAAAGUGGGACUAGUAGUCCUGAUGUCCGCAUUAUCCCGGUCAACCAUAAAUUCAAUACUUGUAUCAUUUUUGAGUUUAAGCGUGCUGAAUCAGGAGACUAUAAGGAAAUGAAAGAUUGCACUCAGAAUGCGCUAGACCAAAUUGUUGCCAAGAAUUAUCGGUUAAAUACUGCAAGUCAUAUCGAAGUGAUAGUUGAGGUUGCCAUUGCCUUCUUUAAAAAAGAAAUCUUCGUUUCUGCUCAACUUUUACAACGUAAAAAAAGUGGAAAAAAUGGUGAACUUUCAACAAAUGCUUGGGUUAUUGUUUCAUCAGAUGAAUCGUGUUAA